UUACAGUUUCUUAAAAAUUUUGUUUGUUUUGUAGCUUUUUUAGUUUUAGUCAUAGUCAAUGUAGACGCUGUAGCACCAUUUAAAAAAGUUUCCAUUGCCACAACACCAAAAACAACAUCGACAUCGUCGUCAUCAAAUGCAGAUGCUGCUGCAACAGCGGAAGGUGAUGGGGAACCGGCGGCUGAGGCAAAGGAGGAAAAGCACGAACAUGCCGCUACCAAUACCACCACGAAAGACUCUAAAUUGACUGGUAUACCACAAAUCGAUUAUAUUUGGGAUCCAAAUUUACCACGUGAAUUAAGAGGUUAUAAUCUAUCGAGUUAUCCAUUUUUAUCAACAACACCACCCGACGAUGAGAUUCACUUUAAAUGUGAUGGUUUGCAUGAUGGUUUCUAUGCCUCCAUAGAAUAUAAAUGUCAAGUUUAUCAUCAUUGUGUUUAUGGCAUACGUCACGACUUUUUGUGCGCCAACUUUACAGCUUUUGAUCAGAGAACUUUUAUCUGUCAUUUCGUUUCCGAUGUCGAUUGUGAGGGUUCAAUGAAAUUUUGGAAUAGAAAUGAUGACCUAUAUAUGGCUACAACCACCACCUCAACAACAACUACAACCACAGAGCCACCUCCAACACAACACAGACGCCCGGUAAGACCUUUAAGGCCACUCAGAAGACCCUCGAAUCGUAGACCCAUUGACGAUUACUACUAUGAAGAGGAGGAAUAUGAUGAGGAUUACUAUGAGGAGCGUGCUAAUAGAAGACGUAAACAGAGACCACGUCAUCGUAAACCAGUGGUAGCUGAAUACGAUGAUGAAUAUGAGGAUGAAAAACCAAGACGUCCCAAUGGACGUGAUCGUAUUCGUGAUGAAGUGGAACCUGACGAUGAUUACGAUACCGAUCGUCGUAUUAUUGAGAAACCCAAGUCACGCGGUAAAGCAGCAGCACCUGCUGAUAAACGAAAAAUAAGUAGUCGCAAGCCAGGAACCUUUGCUGGCCGUGCUAGUGCCGAUGAAAGACGUAGUUUCAGUGAUGAUCGUCCUCUAAGUGGUCGUCGUAAAUCAGUUGCACCCGUUGUGGCUGAUGAACCAGUAGAACCUGUCGAAACACCACGUCGUUCUAACAGUCGUAGACGUAUUAAUGAGAAACGUUCCACAACAGCUGCACCAGCCGAUGAUUUAGAUGACUAUGAAAAGCCACAAUCUCAAAUACCCGACCAGGAAGAAGCUGCUGCCGAUGAAGAUGCUCCUCCUAAAAUCAAAACAACUCCUAAGCCAUUGGAGGAAUUUGUUACACCUAAAGCAGCCCCUUCUUCAGUUUAUUCUCGUCCCAGGGCUCCUCCUCGCAUUGCCAGACCAGUACCUGUCAGUGCCAAGAAUAAAUUCAGUUAUCCUGUGCAGAGAACAGCCACUACAUCGGCUCCACCUGCCGGCGAUCAUUCUGAGGAUGAGGAAUACUAUGAAGAAGAAGAUUACGAUGACACUCGUGCACAUCGUGGCCACAGCAAAAAACGUAUUGUUGAGGAAGCCACCGAAGAAGAGGAAGAAGUUCCUGUGCCCAAAAGAGGUAUUUUAGGACGCAAACCUACCAGAACUCUUAGAAAACCAGUAACAGAGAAGAAAUCAUUGCCUGCCGACGAGGAAGAAGAUUAUGAUGCCGAUGAACGCUAUUCAAGACGUGGCAGUAGUCGCAGAAGAAAUCCUUUAACAGGUCGCACCCGCGGUCGUGUCCCUGUGCAUGACGAUGUCGAUUUUGUCGAUGACGAUUAUGAAGAACGUCCUUCUAAGCGCACCAGACCCGGUGCACGCAAAGGUGCCAAAAAACCUCGUCUACCCGAACCAUCCGAAGAGGUCGACACAGAAGAAGUUGAACCAGAGGUUGAACACAAACCUAUAAGGAGUCGUGGUGGAGCAUCAGUUGCCGGCAGACGCAAGCCCAUACCCAGUAUACCAAGUCGCUCUCGUAGCCCAUCAGCUCAAGCAUUGGUCAAUAGUGAUGAAGUCGAUCCAGAUAUAGCAGAGGAAGCAGAAGAUGAUACCCCUGCUGUCGCCAGUAAAAAUAGUUUACCCACCGGUCGUCCAGCUUCGGUACGUGUAGUCAAACGACCAUUUUUACCAUCACGUGGUGGCAGCCCAUAUUUACCAAGAGGUCUACAACCGGUAGGCGUCGCUCAUAAAUCACACGAAUCUCAUACAACUGACAGUAGUAUGAUUGAUAUGUUCUCUACCAACUCCGGUGUACAUCUUCUUGAACAUGGUGCUCCAUUGUUGCGUGACUCUGGGUCACGUACCACACUGCCACCACGUAGUGCUUUGCCUGUAUCGCAACCACGACCAGAAACGCAACCAUCUAGUAAAGCUACAUUGGAUGAGCUCUACGAAAAUGAUUACGACGUUACGCUUAAUGAUGCUUUAAAUCCAACGCUUAAACCGCUUUCGCCGCAUCAAUCAACCCACUAUCAUCAACAUCAUGAAAAUAACAAUAACAACCGUCCGUAUCAGAGUAUAUACUCACCUUCAGCAUCCUCCUCCUCUUCCUCAUCUUCUUUUACAUCUUCUCCUACUUCUUCAUUAUUAUCAUCCGAUUCAUUUGUAUAUAAAAAUCAAUCACCUUCUUCUUCUUCUACUUCCUCCUCUUCCGCACAUUCACAAUCUUUUCAAUCUCAAACUCAGCCUCAAUUAACCCAAUCAAAUCAAAAUUAUCAUCAAUCUCAGCAACAACAAAACCAACAACAUCCAUCCCAACAUCAAUAUCAAUCAAAUUCCCCAAAUCAUAAUAAUAAUAAUUACAAUAGUGAUUCAAAUUUUUCCUCAACAGAUAUCCGCAGGCGUACGAUCGUCUCGCCGCCAGCCCCGCAAACAAGUCGCAGCGACUACAGAACCAACAUCGGUUCAAGAAUAGCACCAAAUUAUUACGACGAUUAUGAUUACUAAGUAAAUUUUAACCGGCUGUUGUCAACAUAAACCGGGUAACCGGAUAAACAUUGUUUAUUUUCAAAAAGAAACAAUGGAAAGCGCAAAAAAACUAAAGCACACUAAAAUCUCCUUCCCAACUGUAAAUAAACCUGCAAUGAAAAAAAACAACAAAUAUAUAACUAAACUUGCUGCUUUCUUAAAUCACUUGGUGUACAGGACGCAAAAAAAAAAUUAAAAAGAAAAAUUCCUUAAUAAAUUGCAGCAAAGAAUUUAUCUUAAAUUAAACGUAGUGUGCUCAAUCAUCAUACAUUUAGUUGUUUUUUAUUAAUUGUAGUAUUUUUAAAUUAAGUUUAUUAAUCUCUUUUAAUUUUACAUUAAAAAAAAAAAACAAAUACUCAAUUUUUCGUGAUAGUAAAUGACAAAAAGGACAUAAUUAUAUUUGUCUAGUAAACAAAUAAAAAAUGAAGAUAAUUAUCUUUGUGAUUAGAAAACAAGUUAAUGAUUUAUUUUUUAUUAUUAUUUUAAUUUUUCUUUAUUUUUUUUAAUUUUUGUUUUUUUUUUUUUCUUCGUAAAUUAUAUUAUUUAAACAAAAUUAUUACUGCCUGUUUUAUUUUGAAAAAAAAUAUUGUAAGAAAAAAGUUAAAGAAAUAAUGAAAACUAAUGUAUCACUCUUAAUUAGAAGACUUGAAAUGCAAUGUAUAAUUAAAUUAAAAAUAUUAAGCAAAAAAAA